GCUACCCAGCUAUCCAGUCUGUUCUCCCAGAUCAGCAAUCGCGCAUCCGUCCUGUCUUCAGCUUUCAUCCACUCCCCCACUUUUUCACUCUCCGUAACCAGGGCCCAGGCAGUACCUCUCUCCCGAGUUUUACCUCAGAUGCGGCUGUAUUCCCCCAGCCCCUUACUUCUGAAGGACUGUGGCCUUGACCCGUUCCGCCCCUCUGUGGGAGGGUCUCACCAAGCAAUGGCCCAAUGAGCAAUGGCCGAAUGUCAGCUGCACCCAGAAACGCUUGCUGGACCCUGCUGGUGCCCCGAGACUGUGGCCAGCGUAUGUGGCCUCCUUCUGGGGUCUGCUGGGACCAGGUGGCUUCAACAGUCUCUACCAAACGUCCUUCCAGCAGUGGAACCGCUUUUCCCCAUGUGACCUGAGAACCUCCCGGACCCCACUCUGUUCCUGGGGAUUUGCCUUUCCCACCAGAGCACCACCAGCACCAGCUGAUGUGGUUGUUCUCUGGAGUUUGCUGUCACCUUUGCCUGUGGGGUAGCUACCCAGCCUCUACCAAAUGUCCUCCCAGCAGAGGAGCCACCACCUCUCCCUGUGUGACCCAAGGACCCCUCGGACCUCACUUUCUGCUCCUGGGGAUACACCAUUUCCCGCCAGAGCACAUCAGGGUCCAUGGAUGGGAUUCAGUAGAGUGGAGGACAUUUCUUUGAGGUGACCAGUGUCAGCGAGGUCUGUGAUUCAACAAAUGUGAGGAACUACAGCUGUGCCUUUGUUAAGAGGUAGUUAUGAAGGCCCUGCCGCUUUCUCCCUCUUCCUCUCUUCUCACAGUGACCCUGUGGGCCAAGGUGACAUGAGAUAUCUGAGCUGCAUUGGUUGGUUGAGCAUCAUUGUUCAAGAAGUAUUUAUUGUUUAUUUAGAUAUUAUGAAGGGAUAGGACAUACCAGAUGAAAGAUGAUGCAGCAGAUUUGAAGCCUGAGACUUGGAACUUGGCAGCCUCAAAUCAACUUGGGUUAAUUCAGUUCUCCAAACCCUAUCUGAACACUCUCAGUUCCCUGGCCUUAUUGCAGCUCUCUGACCCUGGAAUCCUCUUCAGUUGCAGCUAAAAUGCUGCAUCAAGCACUUCACAGAAUUGGUCAAAAGCUGGUAUGCAGACGUAAGCUGGAACAACCAGUGGCUGAGGAUGACCCAUCCAGAAGUCUGAGCAUUCUGGAUUUAGUGGCCCUGGGUGUGGGCCGCACAGUAGGUGUAGGUGUGUAUGUCUUAGCUGGUGAGGUGAUCAGCAAUCAAGCAGGACCAUCCAUUGUGAUCUGCUUCUUGGUGGCUGGCCUAUCUACUGUGUUGGCUGGGCUGUGCUAUGCAGAGAUUAGUGCCCGUAUUCCCCAUUCUGGCUCUGCAUAUCUCUACACCUAUGUCACUAUAGGUGAAUUCUGGGCCUUCGUCACUGGCUGGAACCUCAUCCUUUCCUGUGUUGGUGGUAUAGCCAGUGUGGUCCGAGCCUGGAUCUUAGCUUUUGCUAGCCUGAUUGGGAUCCAGAUCUUUCAGAAACUGCAUGAGAGCAUUGCACCAUAUGUUCCCCAGGUCUUUUCAGAAUACCUAGACUUCUUUGUUGUGGGCCUUGUGUUGUUGCUCAUUGGAUUGCUGACUCUGUGGGUGGAUGAAAUUUUCCUGGUUAACAAAGUGCUCACAUUGGUGAGCCUUUUGGUUCUUACUUUUGUCAUCAUCACUGGCUUCAUUAAGGGGGACCUGCACAACUGGAAGCUCACAGAAGAGGACUACGUAAAGGCUGGACUCAAUGACACCUCAAGCUUGGGCCCUCUGGGCUCUGGAGGAUUUGUGCCUUUCGGCUUUGAGGGGAUUCUCCGUGGAGCAGCUACCUGUUUCUAUGCAUUUAUAGGUUUCAGCAGUAUUGUUACCAGGGUUGACAAAGCCAAGAAUCCCUGGAGUUCCAUACCCAUGGGCAUUAUGAUUUCACUGUUCAUCUGCUUUUUGAUAUAUUUUGGUGUUUCUGCAGCACUUACACUCAUGGUGCCUUACUACAAGCUUCAACGUGGCAGCACCUUGCCUGAGGCCUUUCUUAAUAUUGGCUGGGCCCCUGCCUGCUAUGUUGUAGCUUUUGGAUUUAUCUGUGGUUUUCCUGUCAGUAUCUUAGGCUUUAUGGUCCCCAUACGUCAGGUGAUAUACAGGAUGUCAGAGGAUCACCUCCUGUUCCCUGUCCUUGCCAGGAUCCAAACAGGCAAAUACACCCCCAUCGUGGCCACUGUGAUCUUGAGCAUUAUUGCACCAAUCAUGGCCUUCUUCUUUAGACUCACUGAUCUUGUGGACCUCUGGUCACUUACUUUCCUGAUAGCUUACUCCCUGGUGGCUCUUUGUGUUCUCAUCAUCAGUUAUCAGCCUGAGAGGAGGAAUGGGGGAAAUGAAGCAGAGAUGCAGGAGGAGAAUGGACCUGCAGCAGACAGGCUGACUCUACAAGGACUACUUUUUCCAGGCAUCUACUCCCCAACUCCAUUCUCUGGCCAGAUUGUCCGUGUUUGCUCCUCACUGCUUGCUCUGCUUCUCAUUCUUCUUUGCCUGGUGCUGGCCCGAUGGCCAGUUCUGCUUUCUGGAGACCCAGUGUGGAUUUCAGUGGUUGUGCUGCUCCUGGUGCUCAUCACUGGGAUCACUGGGGUCAUCUGGAGACAGCCACAGAGCCCCAGUCCUCUUCCCUUUAAGGUCCUUGCUCUCCCCCUCCUCCCACUACUGAGCAUCUUCAUGAAUGUUUACCUUAUGAUGCAGGUGACAGCUGACGCCUGGAUCUUAUUUGGUAUCUGGAUGUUGAUUGGUUUUGCCAUCUACUUUGGCUAUGGGCUCCAGGGCAGCCUGGUCACUAACCCCACUUAAGUUAGUUCCAAAACUAUAAACCUUGAACUCAACAGUUCCAGUACAUAUUUGGUUUAACGUCAUCACACUGAAAUGCAGUCUUGUCCCCUGCACAAUUAUGUAGGGUACUCUUAGCACAUGGAAAUCUAGGUUUCCCAUGGGAUGUUGAUGUGGGGGAACACUAAUAGAGCUUGUAGUUAUCGUGAAGUGAAGGGUGUGUCUUUGCUCUUUCUCCUUUUUUUUUAAUUGUGUACUUUUUAUUUGUCUCUGUAGCUCUAUACUGGAUUUAAAAAAACGAUUAUUAAAAUAAACUAAAAAUUAUUUUGCUUUCUUUGUGGUAAUAUCCAAUGGUGGAAAUACUGGAUCAUUUGGCAGUUCCAUUUUCUAAUUUUUGAGGAACUCCCAUACUGUUUUCCAUAGUGGCUGCACCAAUUUACAUUCCCAAAAAGAGUGCAUGACAGUUCCUUUUUUUCUACAUCUUCACCAAUACUUGUUAUUUUGUCUUUUCAAUUUUAGCCAUGGGGCAGGUGUAAUGUGGUAUCUCAUUGUAGUUCUAAUUUACAUUUCCCUGAUGAUGAGUGAUGCUGAGCAUGCUUUCAUGGGUGCUUUGACUUCUGUUUUUAAUUUUUUAAUGUUUAUUUUUUUUGAGAGAGAGAGAGAGAGAGAGAGAGUGAGCGAGCGAGCAGGGGAGGUGCAGAAAUAGAGGGAGACACAGAAUCUGAAGAAAGUUCCAGGCUCCAAGCUGUCAGCACAGAGCCCGACAUGGGGCUCAAACUCACAAACUAUGAGAUCAUGACCUGAGCCAAAGUCAGAAGCUUAACCGACUGAGCCACCCAGGCACCCCUCUUGACCUCCAUUUUUAAAAUGGAUUAUUUGUGUUUUGGUGUAGAGUUGUGUAAGUUCGUUAUGUAUUUAAUAUAUUAACCCCUUAUUACAUAUAUCAUUUGGAAAUAUCUUCUGUCAUUUUGUAGGUUGUCUUUUCAUUUUUGAUGGUUUCCUUUGUUGUGCAAAAGCUUUUUAGUUACAUGAAUUUGAAAACAUAUGUACACCUAUGUUUAUUGCAGUGUUACUUGACAAUAGCCAGGAUAUGGAAGCAACACAAUGUCCAUCAAUU